CUUGUUUAGGUCGUAAACGUCGAUGCUAAAUUAAAACAAGUCUUGUGCGCAAUAUCCGCCCACUACGUCGCUUCCGGUCUUCGUUCGCUGUAUAACAGCUAUGGCGUCCAGUGGUGAGGAGGAGAGUGUACCUACGGAACAGGAGUCAACUGAAACCAGCGCGUCAACGAAGAGAGAAGAGAGAUUACGCAAAUUCCGAGAGUUGCAUUUUAAACGGAAUGAAGCACGCAAGCUCAAUCACCAAGAAGUUGUCGAGGAGGAUAAGCGACUGAAACUACCCUCAAACUGGGAGGCGAAAAGAGCCAGAUUAGAGUGGGAAGUUGCUGACAAUGAGAAGAAAAAGGAAUGUGCUGAAAGAGGUGAAGACUACAACAGAGUGAAACUAAUGGACAUCACGGCUGAUGAUGCAGAGCGGUGGGCGAGAAAGAAAAAGAAGAAAAACCCGGACACCGGAUUUGCAGGUUAUGCCGAGGCCCAAUUGAGACAGUAUCAGAGGCUCACCAAGCAGAUCAAACCUGACAUGCAAAACUAUGAGAAACAGCGAGAGGAAUGCGGUGAGGACUUCCACCCCACAUCCAAUAGUCUGAUCCAUGGCACCCAUGUCCCGGGUGAGGAUUGCAUCGACCGCAUGGUGGAUGACGUGGAGAAACAAAUUGAGAAGCGUGCCAAAUACAGCCGACGCAGGGCCUACAACGAUGACGCAGACAUCGACUACAUUAACGAGAGGAACGCCAAGUUCAACAAGAAGGCCGAACGUUUCUACGGCAAAUACACGGCAGAGAUCAAGCAGAACUUGGAGAGAGGCACUGCUGUUUGACUUCCAUUUGUUCUUUUUACAUAUAUUGUUUUGGGCUGUGAUUAAUGUGUUAUGUAACAGUUCAAGAAUACACUUUGAACUAUCCUCACUUAUUUUUCAUUAAACCACUUUCAUUGAAAGAAAAA